AUCUGAUCCUGCAAACCACCAAGCUUCACACUUUACUCUCCUCCUUUGUUCUGGCUGCAGAACCAAAGCACAGCCAGUAGGAGGCGUAAAAGCUGUUUGCCAACGGUCCUUAACGAACAAUAAAUGAAGAAGACGAGGAACAACACCCGUCACUGCCACCUAGCGGCUGCAGACUGUAUUUCUUGAAAUACUGUCAGUCGAAAGGUAAGUUGGCAUCUGAGUACAGCGCACUGUGGUAAUGUAUAAGUGGCUAAAUGAUGGCGAGGUUUUGGUGGGUCAAGGCAGCGGUGAGGCCGUCCCAUCGAGUCCCAGGCUGCGGACCCGGCAAGUCGGGAGCCCCAGGCCGGGCCGGGGACACAGCCCACUGAUUUCAUCCAGAGAGAGAGUGCCAGGAAGCCCACAGUCUGAGACCAUGGGCAAGGCCAGGGAAUUGUUUGUGCUGUGUGACAAAGAGGGGAAAGGGUUUAUCACAAAGAGGGAUAUGCAGAGGCUACAAGCGGAAUUGCCGCUGUCCCCUGAGCAGCUGGAGACGGUGUUUGAGACCCUGGACCGAGAACACAAUGGAUUCCUUACUCCUGCUGAGUUCAGCAAAGGACUUGGUGAGCUGGUGGGACUGACAGAGGCGACUGAGCUGGGUCAAGAUGAAGCAGAAGAGGACACUGACCAGGUGGACUUCUCCCAGGAAGACGCUGCCGUCAGAUUUGCAAACUUACUGCUGGAGCUCGGGGCUGACAAACUCUUCAAAAAUCAGGAGGAGCUCUGCACUCUGUGGUGUGAGCUCCAGAGAGACAGACCAGAGCUGCUCAGUGUCCUGGAGGGUGUCCUUGCCCACGCAGUGUCCCAUCUACAGGACUCCAUCAGAGAGAGAGACAGUCUGGAACAAGCUCUACGCAGACGGGAGAGCGAACAUGAUCAGGUUGUUCGAUCCAUAUAUGAAGAAGUGGAAAGUCAAAUCAAAGAGGAGCGAGAGAAGCGCCUGGCUCAGGACAGUAAUAGACAGAACCAGAGGGGGCAAGAGCUGGAGGAGGAGCUAAAGAUGCAGGAGCAAGAGUUGGAGAAUACAAUGACCAGACAGAAAGAGCUGGAGACCAGAAUCCGCCAGCUGAGCUGUGAGCAGAUAAACAUUAAGAAACAGAACCAGCAGCUACGACACCUCAAUGUGCAGUUACAAGAGCAGGUGGAGAACAGCAGAGAGCAGCUGCAGGCUGCCAUGGGUCAGCUCAGCCGGCUUCAGCUCAGCGCUGCCCAAGAACAAGUGGCCAGACAGAAAAAUGUGAUGAAGGUGUCCCUGAACAUACAGACAGAGAAGGAAAGCCUCUUGAGGCAACUGGAGCUUUUGCGGGAUAUGAACAAAAGACUGCGAGAUGAGAAAGAUGCCCAACAGUCUCAGAAGAGGAAUCCAAAUGUUGACAGACACACUUUGCAGAAGAAAGGGUCAAUCAUAGGUAACUACUUACUACAAGACAAGUCAGUCAAAAGACAGCUGAGCUCAUCUGAUGAGUUGGAGCAGGACAGAGACAAAGAGGUGACAGGGUCAUCCAAGAGACAUCAACCGUCACAUAGAGUCAGGGAUGAAAAUGUUGAACAGACUCAAACUCAGACCAAAAUUGUCAGUCCUCAGCGAUUGUUCAAGGUGGUAUUCCUGGGUAAUUCAGGAGUGGGUAAAACCUCCUUCAUCCAGCACUACUGCACAGGACACUUCUACGAUGAAAUGAGCGCUACUGUUGGGAUAGAUUUCCAGAUGAAAACUUUAACUCUGGGCUCCACCACCAUCACCCUGCAGCUCUGGGACACUGCAGGACAGGAGAGGUUUCGCAGCAUCGCUCAGCAGUACUACCGUAAAGCAGACGGUAUCCUCGCCAUGUAUGACAUAACUCAGGCCACCUCCUUCACUGCUGUGAGAGGCUGGAUUGACUCUGUGAAGGAGAAGAUGAGUGAAGGUGUGGUGUUAAUGCUGCUGGGGAACAAGUUGGACCUGGCUGACACUCAUUGUAGAGAAGUGACCACAGGGGAGGGGCAAAAGCUGGCAGAGCAGCACCAGGCUUUGUUUUACGAGUGCAGUGCCAAAUCUGGAUCUAGCAUAGAGGACCUGAUGACUCAUCUGGCUGGAAUGUUGAUUGACCAGCACGAUCGACAGUGUGGAGAUGCAUUUUCACUGAUGGAGGACACAGAUAAAAGACACUGCUGUAAAUAAACAGAAGAUUAAAGACUUGUGAAAAGGCUUUACCAAAAACUCCCAAGUGACCACACCACGGGCCGGUGGAGUUAAAAUUUUUUUUGGGGGACAGCUGGACGGAGUUGUGGGUAAUUGUGAAAUCCCAUAGAGUUAUCAAGUCCUCUUAUUUCAUUUAAAGACACAGAC